AUGCCUCUCACCGGUCACUGCCUCUGCAAGGCUGUCACCUACUCGGUCGACGUUGAUGCCCCCCUCCUCACGGGCUAUGAUCACUGCGACGACUGCCAGCGCCAGUCCGGCUCCACGUACUCCCUCGUCGCCGUCGUACCCAAGGCCAAGCUCACCAUCAACGGCCCCGUCAAGAAGUACUCCAGCAAGGGCUCGUCGGGCCACGACGUCCACCGCAUCUUCUGCUCCGAGUGCGGCUCCCCCAUCGCCCACGACCCGGAUGCCGCCCCCGAGAUCAUCGCCCUCAAGGCUGGCACGUUUGACACCGAUAUUAAGAAGAACCUGAAGCCCGACACGGAGAUCUGGACCGUUAGCAAGCUACCCUUCUGCCAGGAGCACCUGGCCAAGCCCUUCACUCACAUGCCCGAGUAG